AAUAGCCACGGAACACCCUCAACUCCUUCAACUUUCACUUCCAGUUCAUCCCCUCUUCUCCAGUCCGGCGAACCACCACCUCCGCCAUGGCGACCACCGACAUCCGCAUCUCCAUCGAGCACCAGACCCGCUUCGCCUUCCGCCUCGCCUCCGCCAUCUCCUCAUCCUCCGACUCAAAGGGCCCUUCCGGCAACACCGCCUUCUCGCCGCUCUCCCUCCACGUCGCGCUCAGCCUCGUCGCCGCCGGCGCUGGCGGCGCCACCCGCGACCAGCUCUCCGCCACGCUCGGGGCCGCAGGUCCAGGGCAGGCUGACGGCCUCCACGCGCUCGCCGAGCAGGUGGUGCAGGUCGUGCUCGCUGACGCCUCCGCCGCCGGCGGACCGCGCGUCGCCUUCGCCAACGGCGUCUUUGUCGACGCGUCGCUCCAGCUCAAGCCUGCCUUCAAGGAUCUCGCUGUGGGCAAGUACAAGGCCGAGACACAGUCCGUCGACUUCCAAACUAAGGCUGCUGAAGUUGCAGGUCAAGUGAACUCGUGGGUUGAGAAAAUCACAACAGGUCUCAUCAAGGAGAUCCUUCCUGCAGGUUCUGUUGACAAUACCACUAGACUGGUUCUUGGGAAUGCCCUUUAUUUUAAAGGAGCUUGGAAUGAGAAGUUUGAUGCAUCUAAGACAAAAGAUGACAAGUUCCACCUUCUUGAUGGGAGCUCAGUUCAAGUACCAUUCAUGACCACCACAAAGAAGCAAUACCUUUUGGCUUCUGACAGCUUGAAGGUACUUAAGCUGCCUUACCAGCAAGGUGGGGACAAGAGGCAAUUCUCCAUGUACAUUCUUCUUCCAGAAGCACAGGAUGGUCUGUCAAACUUGGCCAAUAAGUUGAGCACCGAACCAGAGUUCAUGGAGAAGCAUACCCCAACACAGAAGGUUCCAGUGGGGCAAUUCAAGCUCCCCAAGUUCAAGAUAUCAUUUGGAUUUGAAGCGUCGGAUUUGCUCAAAGGUUUGGGUCUCCAGCUGCCAUUCAGCACAGAAGCAGAUCUUUCGGAGAUGGUUGAUUCGCCGUUGGCAAAGAGCUUGUACGUCUCAUCUGUUUUCCACAAGUCGUUUGUCGAAGUGAACGAAGAAGGAACCGAGGCUGCCGCAGCAACUGCUGCAGUGGUCACACUUCGGUCACUGCCAGUAGAGCCCGUGAAGAUGGAUUUCGUCGCAGAUCAUCCUUUCCUCUUCGUUAUCCGAGAAGACAUGACGGGUGUGGUGCUAUUCAUUGGUCAUGUGGCCAAUCCCCUCGUGUCUUCGUAAUAUUUUUUCGCUCUGAAUAGCAUGUGUGGGCUGCGACCCUGUUUGACACAUGGAAGUUAAGGGUUUCAACGUUUGGUCAUGCUGCCUGUGUAAUAAAACCAAUGUAUGUUCUUGUUUUCAAAUAAUGCCUUGCUUGAUGUA